AUGGCUGCUGGAGAGAGCAGUAUCGAACACCACAGUAACCAUAUUGAAGAUCUGAACUCCAUUAAAACCAAGUUCUCUCUGCGGCGUGCGUGGAAACCAAACGAGGACUCGUGUUAUAUCAUCCCAGGACAGGAGAGCUCUCUGAGCAAGUGCAACUUCAACAGCACCAGCAAGACUAUCUUAAUUGUCCACGGCUGGAGUGUGAGUGGAUUGUUUGAGAGCUGGAUUGAAAAAUUAGUUACCGCUCUGUACCACCGAGAGCCUGACGCCAAUGUCCUUGUUGUGGAUUGGCUCAAUCGUGCCCACCAGCAUUACCCAAUAGCAGCCCAGAAUACUGUGCUGGUUGGUCAAGACAUUAGCAAGCUGAUUGAUUGGCUGGAGAACGUAAAACAGAUUCCUCUCGACAAGGUGCACCUGAUUGGAUACAGCCUCGGGGCUCAUGUGGCUGGCAUUGCAGGGAGUCACACAGCCAAUAAGAUCGGCCGGAUUACAGGACUGGACCCGGCUGGGCCAGUAUUUGAAGGAACCCACGCUCAUGGACGGCUUUCUCCCGAUGAUGCCACUUUUGUCGAUGUUCUCCACACCUUCACCCGGGAAUCUCUGGGAAUCAGCAUCGGGAUCCGGCAACCGAUUGGACACGUUGACAUCUAUCCGAACGGAGGGAGUUUCCAGCCUGGUUGUGACUUGCAGAAGGCCGUGAACAACAUUGUCACGUUUGGCAUCUUUGCGUUUUCGGAAGCUGUAAAGUGUGAACAUCAGCGAUCAAUCCACCUGUUCAUCGAUUCCCUGCUGUACGAGGAACAGCCCUGCCAAGCCUAUCGCUGUAACAAUCACAAGUCCUUCAGGAAAGGCAUGUGCCUGAACUGCCGCAAGAAUCGCUGCAACACACUGGGCUACAAUGUCAAGCGGGUCUCCAGUAAGAGGAGCACCAAGAUGUUCUUGAAGACACGGGCCAGCAUGCCUUUCCGAGUGUAUCAUUACCAGCUGAAGAUCCACUUCUCCAGCACGGUCAAUGACUUUGACAUUGACCCCACCCUCUCUGUGUCUCUUCACGGGACUAACAAUGACGUGAAUGAUCUUCCCAUUGAGAUCGUGGAGAUGUUUGCCCCCAACAAGACCCAUUCGUUCCUGGUGGUGACCGAGGUGGACGUCGGAGAGCUGUUGCUAAUGAAGUUUAAGUGGGAGACCGCGUUAACCUGGGGGUCGCUGUGGAAAAGGAUGCGGAGUUCCAUCACUUUUUACAAACUUUCGCUGUGGGCCCCCUCCGUCAUUUCCAACUUCGACAUCCACGUGGAAAGGAUCCGGGUGAAGUCUGGAGAAUCUCAAAAAAAGUAA